CAAUAUUAGCGCCAUCGCAACUGCUGGGUGUGGGCGAAUCUGCGCCCCGCCACCGGAGCCGAAAAGCAGCACCCUGAAUUUCUCGUCGUUCAAAUCGAGCUUCACUUCCAAUGUUAAUUUCCUGAAGAGAAGAUUCAGCUCGGGAGACUUGUCUUCCGAGGUAGACGAUGUCGAUCCGAACAGCCUGCCGCCGGCGGCGCGUCCCAUCCAGGAUCAGCCGACGAAGCCGCCGGUCGGGGGCGGAGGGGGACCGCCGAACAUGCCGCCACCGCCGGCUCCCGGCCAACCGGCCGGAGCUGCUCCGGAGCUGUCGCUGAGCUUUGGCGCCGGCAAAGCCCCGGCCACGGCUGCUCCGGCACCACCACGUGGUGUCAGUGCGCCGACCAGUCCGGCCAAGUCACGUGAAAGCCUGCUGCAGCGGGUGCAGAGCUUGACCGGCGCUGCCCGGGAUCAGGGAGCCUCCAUUUUGGGAGCUGCGGUCCAGAGUGCCACACAGCGGGCUCCGGCUUUUACCAAGGACAAGUACUUCACGCUGCUGGUUUUGGAUGACCAGAACACGGACUGGUCGAAAUACUUCCGGGGCAGGCGAUUGCACGGCGACUUCGACAUCCGAGUGGAGCAGGCCGAGUUCAGGGACAUUACGGUGGUCUCCAGCGCGGACACCGGACCGGUGGUCACCAUGGCCGCCUAUCGCAGUGGGACUCGGGUCGCGCGUUCCUUCCGACCGGACUUUGUGCUGAUUCGCCAGCCACCGCGCGAUGGAUCCAGUGACUUCCGCUCCACAAUUUUGGGCUUGAAGUACGGCGGAGUGCCCAGCAUCAAUUCGCUGCACUCGAUCUACCAGUUUCAGGACAAACCCUGGGUAUUUUCCCAUCUGCUGCAACUGCAGCGACGCCUCGGACGCGACGGCUUUCCACUGAUCGAGCAGACCUUCUUCCCCAAUCCACGCGAUUUGUUCCAAUUCACCAAGUUCCCCAGCGUGCUGAAGGCUGGUCACUGCCACGGCGGCGUGGCCACCGCCCGCCUGGAGAACCAGAGCGCCCUGCAAGAUGCCGCCGGACUGGUGAGCGGUGCCGGCAACGAUUCGCAUUGUUAUUGCACCAUCGAGCCCUAUAUCGAUGCCAAGUUCAGCGUGCACAUCCAGAAGAUUGGCAACAACUACAAGGCAUUUAUGCGCAAAUCCAUCACCGGCAAUUGGAAGACCAAUCAGGGAUCAGCCAUGCUGGAGCAAAUCACUUUAACCGAGAAGUACAAAAGCUGGGUGGAUGAGAUAUCGGAGCUCUUUGGCGGCAUGGAAGUGUGUGGUCUCUCCGUGGUGGUGGCCAAAGAUGGACGCGAGUAUAUCAUCAGCGCCUGCGACAGCACCUUCGCCCUGAUCGGGGACUCCCAGGAGGAGGACCGCAGGCAGAUAGCCGAUCUGGUAUCCGGACGCAUGCAGAAUGUCUGCCGUCCCAGCAUGGCGCAGACGGGACCGGGCAAGUUGCCCUCCCGCUCCUCGGUCUCCUCGCGGGCGGAGAGUCCCACGGACGAGGGCAUGGCGCCCACUCCGCCGCUCCCAGCCGGCCCACGACCGGCUCCCAUGGGUGGACCCCCACCCAUUCCGGAGCGCACCUCGCCGGCGGUGGGCUCCAUUGGGCGGCUGAGCAGCCGCAGCAGCAUCUCGGAGCUGCCGGAGGAGCCCUCCUCCUCGGGACCCAGCACGGUGGGCGGUGUGCGUCGCGAUUCGCAGACCUCGCAGGCCUCGACCAUCUCCUCCUCGGUGUCGCGAGUGGGCCAAAGGCCGCCACAGACCCAGAGCUCCGUGGUGGAGGACGCCGAGGACACCAUGAAGAACCUGAGGAAGACCUUUGCGGGGAUCUUUGGUGACAUGUAGGAAAUCGCUAAUAAGAAGCGCGGCAGAACGGCCAGCGAGACGAGCAGCGGGCCGGGCAGUGUGCCCAGCAGCGCGGGACCGGGGACAGGAAGCGGCAGCGGAACCGGAAGUGGAUUCACUGGCUCCUUCCUCGGCAAGCAGUUCUCGUUCGCCGGCGGCAAGGGAGGCGUUAGCGUGGGCGAUGGAGGCGUCAUCUCCACCCAGCCCACCCAGCGUCCCAGCGAAGAGCCCCCAGCAAUCCCGGCAACGGCCAGCUCAGCCGUCCGGCCGGAAAGCAGCGUUUCGAUUAGCGGUACAACAAAUACGGAUACAGAAAGAGCAGGCACCGUUGGCUACCAGCCGGUGACCAACUACGAGCAACAGGAGCGGGUCAAUCCCUUCGACAAGGAGCCCAACAAGUCGGGCAGUGCGGCCAGCAUACACACCACCACCUCCUCCUCCUCAUCGAUGUCCUCCUCAUCCAUCUCCUCAAGGAUCAAUCGCAAUGGCAAUGCCAUCAAAUCCCCGCCUCCGCCGGCGGGUCCACCACCACCACCGCCCACAAAUGUGAUGGCGGCAGUGGGAGUGGGUGGUAGCAAUGCCAAUAGUUCCAGUGGCUACAGGAACAGCUUCAGCAGCUCCCUCAGCAAGGACAAGACCAGUUAUGGGAAUUACGGCAGCACCACCUCGGUGGAGACCAUCACACGGAUGGAUACGAACACCACGAACACAGGGGCCACGGCCACGGAAGCGGGAGAAGCCAGUGGCAUCACGGCCAUCACCAACAUCAGCAAUAGUGCUGGGAUAGUAGCUCCCACCACUGGAACCAUUACCACCUCGGUGACCACCAAUGACUGGAGAUCAGCCAUCGGCAUGCGAUCGGCCAGUGUCUACAGUGCUCCGGCUGCAGUGACCACUGUACUGCCCGGUGACACCUCCGGCUACGAUUCCAACUCGAUUGCCUCGCAGGGCGAGGAGGUGCUCAACAAUCCCAGCGAUCUGCCCUCGUACACCCGACCCUCCUACUCGCGAUCCGAGAGCAAUGCUUCCAAGCACUCGGACCUGGAUGUCAUUUUCGGAGACACCAAGACCACCCCCGUGUCCUACGGAAAUGGGAAAUACACCCGGGCCGCAGGAUCCAUCUCGGAUGCUGAUAUGAUUUUCGGAGGACCGCCCUCCAACUACAAAAGCGAUCGCUUCGGGGCCGCCAAGAGCAUGAGCAUGAGUUCCAGUGGAAUGGGUUCCGGAAAUGGAACCGGAAUGGGAUCCGGAAGCUAUAAGAUCUACGAGGGCAUCCAGAAUGCGGCAUUCAGCGACUUUAGCGACUCGGGCAGUAUGAGUAGCAUUGGAUCGCACACCAAACGCUGGAGUGCCAGCAGGGAGGAGGACGACGAACUGGACUUGAAGUGAAUCCAAAACAAAUUCCAAAGUAGAACUUUCACUUAAAAAAUCAUUCACACACACACACACGAACUCAUACGAGCAAACUAUGGAAAUCUAUCUAUUUUCUGCCUCUGAAGUUUCCUGGUUUCAUGGGAAAAACAAACACUAAGCAUAUACUCACUCACUAAAAACCAUAAUCAUUGGGUUACUAUCGUUUCAUCCAUCAACUAUCUUGAUCGAAACACCUUCCUUUCGUUUGCCAUAAAUACACAAAGAAGGCGAAGAAGCAGCAGAAAAUGCUAUGUAGACACUGUAGUACACUACUAAUAUAUAAUUAUAACCACCAAUGCAACAACAAUAAUGCAAAGCCCAUUAGAUAUGUGCAAUGAAAAAUGUCGCCGAUGACUUGACUGGUUUUGCAGCAUGAUAAAAUAGAAAGAAUGAGGAACCUAUUUAAUUACCAUACUUAAAAACAUUUUGAAACAUUUUCCAAAGCAACAAAAUGAUAUAUUAAAUAUAUAUAUUAUUGAGAAAAAUAUUGAAUUAUAUACCAGACAUAUUAAACCAAUUGAGAGUUGAUGACAUAAAAAGUAUUCGCUAGCAUAUAUUACGUGUUAACCUGCUAAUGAAUCAAUGGGAAAACUUUUAAAUAAAUCAAAUAUUAAUGAAUCUGUUAUAAACCAACAUGAGACACAUAUGAAAUCCUAAAAACUAUAUAAAAUAAAAGACAAUAUGCGCAAAGUAUAACAAACAACCAAACGUUUAAUACUAAUAUAUAUGCGAUCUAAUUAUAAUGGAUAAAUCGGUUAACGAACUAUAUGUAUUUGGAAAUUACUAUGAGCAAAUGUUACAUGCGAAACACACAAAAACACAAAGAAACACACGAGAACAGAAGCUACUCACACACAAAGUAAAUGUUUAUUACCACAAAUAUUAUGAUUAUUAUUAUGAUGUAUUAGCAGUUAAUGUUUACAAACAAGAAAGGCCUGCAUCGGGGCUUCGAAAGAUAUGGAAAUGGAGAGUACCAAGCACGACAAGCAAUGUUAAACUAGGCUGAACCAACUGGACAACAAUAACGAACCAAACGUAUUCGAAAAUCUAGCGAUCCCAUGCGAUCCACAUAAAUUUACACGGUUUAGUCGGUACACGAAGGUCGAGAAAUAUACGGAUUACGGAUGGAGGCAAUGAUAUUGACGAAUAUUUAGAUAAUAUACACAAGAAAAUAUUUAUUAAUGUUGCAAGCGACAACAACAACGAAGUCAUAUUAUGCAUUCGAAAUAUCAAACAAUAGCUUCAAUUUGUUAGGACUAUGAUUUAGCAACAAGUGCUUUGAUAAAUGUUUUUUGUUACGCACAUGUUUAAGCAUUAUUUAGAGCAAUAGACAAUUUUACAUAUGUUAUAUUUGAAGUAAUAGUUAAAUUUCAAUUGGGUUGUACCUAUGGUUCUCUCUUUUAUCAACUAAUUGCAUUAGAGAAUUUUAAACACUGUUAUAUGCAGAGGAAUAUAACACGAGAACACUUGAAAACUUGUUAGUUUACCAACUCUCUUCGAUUUUAGUAGAAUCUACAUUCGGGAAUGCUACAAAUAUUUUAAUCUAAACAAAUUUACAACUCUACAAGUAUAUUGCAUAACUAUUGUUUUUGGUUAGGGCCAAGUCCCAGUUACUUCAUUCUAAUCAUCCUACCAUCUAUAUUCAAAUAUAUAUAUAUAAAAUAUGUAUGUAAUUAUAAGUGAAUCUUUGGCUACAAGUACUUUUUCGUAAUCGUAAACAUCAUCAUUUUACUCGAACUGGCACAUAUUCACGAAAUGUUUUAUAAACAUAUAUUUAUAACGACAAAUGUAGAACAGAAAGUACAUAGUUAAAUACAGGCAUCAUUCGAGGAAUUCGACAAACGUACAUAUAUCAUGGCACCAGACCCACAACUCACUCAACCCAUUCCCAUAACCAUAUCGUGCAUCAAAAGAACAGAAAGUGCUGAAUACAUAAAUUGAAAUGGAAAUUCAAACGAAAUACUCAAACAUAUAGCGUAUAACUUACACGACUUCUAAUCUGUUGCAAAAUAUACCAAAUAAAUACUCGUAUUAUUGUGAAAGUAUAGCAAGAAAUAUGUACUUAUAUGUUGUCUGUAAUUGAUUCAACUCCCAGUCUCCCCCAAUAAAUCCCAAAAAAUAAAAAAACCAAGGGAGACCCACUCAUUCGGUACUCACAAAUUUACUGCAAAUCUAUAUAUAUACAUAUAUAUACUACGAAUUAUUCCAAUGAAAAGCGGCAAUUGCAAUGGCUAAGAAAAACAAAAACCAAAACCAAAGUAACAAUAAAUGAGUUGAUGAUUGAUACAAAAGCAAA